AUCGCGCCUGAGGCUAGCACCAGUCAUGGCUCCGUCCCCAUCGUCCGGCAUACCUCCUACCUCCGUCUCCUUCCUCCUUCCGAUCUUCCUCCCUCUUCUCCUUCGGAAAGCGAGGAAAACAACGGCGAUCUAACCCUCUAUCCACUUUCUCCCUUCUCCUAUCCCUCGUACUCCUCUCCGACCUCGCCAUGAGUUUUAUCAUGGAGCGGGUUCUUGACUUACAGCUGCGGCAGCCACGUGGCAACAUCUCGGAAAUUCGGCAAGUUUGUCACCCUCGGAUCAAUACGGAUCUCUGCCGUCUGAUGCGAUUCUUCUGCGACGAAGGUAUCUGUGCCGCCGCCGCGUUUCGGAUAGAAGGAAACCCUCACGCGAUAAUAUUCGCAGAAGUUACUGUAGUUCAUCGGCGAGCGGGUCCCAGAACGAGCCACAUCACCAUAGCGGUGGGAUUCACCGGCGACCUCAGCUCGGUCAAUCCGCUGAGGCAUACCGCGAUCUUGGCCUCACUGCACAAGUGGACGGAGCAAGUGUCCAACGUAUGGCAGCACGUCCUCGCCCGGGAAGGGUAUAACAUCAUCUCGACCUCUGCAUCGGAUCUUGAUGGUAUUCGCCGAUCACCAAGCGAGCGGCCAAUUGUGAUUCCCAUCCUCUGGACGGGCACUGUCGAGCACCCCACGUGGAUCGAGAGUCCGGAGCUACUAAUCAUACAGGGUUGGAGGACUAACGCGGAAGGAGAUCUUAUCGGAUUCCUCUUUGGCUUGGUACAACCGGGUCGCCGUCAGUUGAUUGCACAGGAGCUCAUCGCACCGAUUGUGCAAUUGGCGGAUGACCUCUCGCCCGACAUCUACUUUCAGAGUGACAACAGUCCUGCUCCGUACAUUUUCGAGCGAUCCUUGGACCCGUACCUUCAGUGGACUUCGUGCUUGGAGGAGCCUAGGGACGAGGAUACGCUACCAUCGUGGCAGGAGUAUCUGAAGCCGUACGACAUCAUCCCUUACGCCUUCUACCUGAGGGCAGAAGAAGUGGUGGUCGACGACGAAGAAGACGACGACGAGGAUACAUUGGAGGAGGGAAGCCAUAGUGAACAUACCGCUCGUUCGUUAGAGGAGGAAGACGAGGAGGAGAAGAGAAUGGAGAAGGAGGACGAGGAGUGGAAAGAAAGAGAAAAGGUCGAGGAGGAGGAUAAAGAGGAGGAGGAGGAGGUGGAGGAGGAGGACAAGGCGAGGGUUGACGAGGUGGCGGAGGAGGAUGGGGAGGAGGAGCGCGACCUUUUUUUUUUUGUUUUUUCUGGUCACUUUCCUCCCUCUCCUCGUCCUCUUCUUCCUCCACCUCCGUGUCGUCGACCACCUCCUCGUCCUCCUCCCCCUCCUCCCCCUCCCCCUCCUCCCCCUCCUCCUCCUCUUUAUCCUCUUCCUCCUCUGACGAACGCACGGCUGCCACGUCAGCACGCGCGGCUUACAAAAGUCGCACGUGCUGACGUGGCAGCCGUGCAUUCGUCAGAGGAGGAGGAGGAUAAAGAGGACGAGGAGGAGGGGGAGGAGGACGAGGAGGUGGUCGACGACACGGAGGUGGAGGAAGAAGAGGACGAGGAGAGGGAGGAAGGCGGGGAGGAGGACUUCGAUAUGGCGGAGGAGGAGGAAGAAAACCACGAGGAGGUGGCGAGGAUCGAUGAGGAGGAGGAGGACGAGGAAGAGGAGGAGGAUGAGGUAGACGUGGAGGAGGAAGACGAGGAGGAAGAAGCAGAUGACGAGGAGGAGGAGGAGGUGGGGGAGGAGGUCGACGAGGUGGAGGAGGAAGAAGACGAGGAGGAGGAGAAGGUGGAGGAGGUCGACGAGGUGGAGGAGGAAGAAGACGAGGAGGAGGAGGAUGAGGAGGAGGUCGACGAGGUGGAGGAGGAAGAAGACGAGGAGGAGAAGGUGGAGGAGGUCGACGAGGUGGAGGAGGAGGGAGAAGAUGAGGAGGACGAGGUGGAGGCCCUGGAGGGGGAGUGGAACGGGGAGGAUAUGGCGGGUUACGAGUUAGAGGACGAGGAUGAAGAAGAAGAGGAGGAGGAGGAGGAGGAGGAGGAGGAGGAGGAGAAGGAGGGGGAGGAGGAGGACGCGACGUGGUUUCUCACCUGGGAGGCGAUGGAGACAACGACGACGGCAACGACGACGACGGCGACGGCUCCCCGGGCGGGUGACUGGUGGAGUCAUCGUACUCAAGAAGACUCGUUUUGAGUCUGUACAAGACUACAUGCUAUUGCCUUAUGGUAACAGGUCAGUAAAAUGGUAAACCAUGU